GUUUGGACCAAACUAAUUGAACCAUCACUUUGGAUCUCGGUCACAGCCAUGGGAGGUCCCCGCCCCGAAGAUGAGCUCAUUGGCGGCGACGAUCAUGAAUCAGUCCUGGAAUCAGAGGCUGCCUCUUCUACCGAUAGUCUGACAAGCUCCAUAAUGGACUACAGGCGGGAAAACGGAAGAACAUAUCAUCGGUACAAAGAUGGGAAGUAUAAGCUGCCCAACGACGACAAAGAAAAUGACAGGCUUGAUCUACAACAUCAUUUGUUUCUUCUCAGCUUCAACGACAAGCUCGGUCUCGCCCCUCCAAACAAUUCGCACAUCCAUCCAAAGCGGGUUCUUGACUUGGGAACUGGUACUGGCCUCUGGGCCAUAGACUUCGGCGAUGAACAUCCCGAAGUCCAUGUUGUUGGAGUUGACUUGUCUCCUAUACAACCUAGCUUUGUUCCGCCCAACGUGGAGUUCUUUGUUGAUGAUAUUGAAGAGACCUGGACUUAUUCUAACAAGUUCGAUUACAUUCAUAGCAGAAUGAUGACAUCCAGUAUUGCCAGCUGGCCGGACUAUCUCCGUCAAAUGUUUGAAAAUCUCGCUCCGGGUGGCUACGUGGAGCUCCAAGAGAUUGACAUUGUAUGCAAGUCGGAUGAUGGGACUUUAACCGAUGAUCAUGCACUAGCCAAAACGAUUAAGCUCUGCUGUGAAGCGGCUUUGAAGUUUGGCCGUGAAUAUCAAGAGUUUAAGAAUCUCAAAGGGUUGAUGGCCGAAAUUGGCUUCGUCGACAUUGUAGAGACCCAUCUCAAGUGGCCGAGUAAUACUUGGCCCAAAGACAAGAGGCUGAAGGAAAUUGGAUCUUGGAAUAAUGAGAACAUGACCUCCGGUCUGGAAGCAUUCACCAUGGCACCAUUGACUAGGGGCCAUGGCAUGACUCCAGAGGAGGUUAAUUUACUUUUGGUCGACGUGAGGAGGGACUUGAACAACCCGGCAAUACACGCCUACUGGCCUGUCUAUUCGCUCUAUGGCAAAAGACCGGAAGUUCAACUCUCUGGAUAACUCAAUUCGGAGCGAUCGAGGCCAUCUUGAAGUAGAACAGUGUGGUGAUUUUUAAAUCCCGAGAAUGAUUCAAUUGUUAAAAUCGUCACAAGACAAAAUCUGUCAGACAAUGCGAGAAAUAAUAGUGAAACUUUCAAUUUGGGUCAUAAUAUGUGUCAAUUUAUCAUUUCCAGAUAACAACUGGG